AUGGACACGUCAUCAACGGAAACUAAUUAUUUUAUACUUAAAGCGGCUAUUUUGAAGAUUUUACUUUUCGCGGUUGGGUUUAUCAAUGUGUUAGAAGAAUUCCUCAUUCUUACCUUCAACAUUCAUCGCGUUCUUAUAUUCGUUAGACCGCGUUGGAUUAUUUGGUACUACGUGAUUUCAUCAGCACCAAUGCUCGCAUUUUCUAUCUAUUAUGGUGUGGCACAAACAAAUGGCUCUUCCGUUAUUAUCGUCAUGGUGUCGUGGUACUCAACUGUCGUCGGCGCUCUGAUGCUGUGGUCCAUUCGUGGCUUCCUCAGAGCAGAGAGCUCUCGCAACAUUGCAAAAGCAAACUUGUUUAGCAAUAUAUGGAUACAUUUUGUACGGAAUGCUGAGAGAGAGCUCGGCUCUAAGUUACCAUUAGGGAUUGAUAUUGAUGUGGGCAAAGCAUUUUUGGAAUUCUCGGCACAUUGGAAAGGUUCAUAUAUUACCAGGCCUUCGAAGGCUUUUCUUAAAUUUUUAAAAAUUAUCAGGCCUUUGGAGGCCUCAGUUAAAGACGAAGGCGGUCGUGGAAGCCUUGGACAACCAAGGCGCCCUUACUCAGUACUUAAAGUGAGGAGGGGAGUCCGACAAGGUGAUACAAUCUCACCCAAAAUAUUCACAUCCACCCUCGAGAACGCAACGCGAAAGUUGGAAUGGGACGACAUGGUAGUGAAGCUUGAUGGUCGGCAGCCACACCAUUUCCGCUUUGCUGAUGACAUCGUACUGAUAACACCUAGCAUCAGCCAAACGGAACGAAUGCUGACCGAAUUCGACGAAAUUUGUGGAUGCAUCGGUCUUCAGCUGAAUCUACAAAAGACGACGUUCAUGCGGAACGGAUGGGUCUCGGAUGCCCCAUUCACGCUCAACGGAACAAACAUAUCCGAAUGCGCCAGCUACGUUUAUCUGGGUCUGGAAUUGAACAUGAUGAACGAUCGGACCCCCGAGCUGGGUAGGAGAAGACAAGCGGUUUGGGGAGCGUAUAAGAGUAUCGAGGAUGUAAUGAAGAAGACCAGGAACACCCGACUCCGUGCUCACCUCUUCAACACCACCGUACUUCCUGCUUUGACCUGUGCUUCGGAAACACGGGUAUUUCGCAAGCAGGAAGAAAACACGGUGAGCGCCAUUGAACGCGCAAUUGAGAGAGUGAUGCUAGAUGCGUUUGCCAAGGAAAGUAAAAUAAGGUGGGCCGAACACGUAAUGCCCUUUAACGACAACCGUUGGAUCAGAGCCGUGAGCGAUUGGGUUCCCCGCGAUAUUAGGCGCACUAUAGGAAGACCGCCGACCCGAUGGUCAGAUUUCUUCACGAAGUCCUUCAAAGAAAAUUAUGAUGCUCUCCGCGUUCCACGCGAAAGGAGGAACCACUAUGCGACUCUGGCGACUCGAUCGGGACAAAUUGAAGAAUUACUGGGGCCCUCUCAUUCAGUUCGAAGAUCAACGGGAGUCAAGGUGAUCAAGAUGAAGGUGAUCAUUCAUGUUAACCGUUCAAAGCUGCAUCACUUAAACAACACAUCAUCACAUCAACAACACAUCAAAAGCGUUUCAGGAAUCAUUGUAUUUGUAAAGUAUCACAUGCUUUCCUUGCCGCCAGCACUAGCCUUUUGUAUCUACUGCGGUGUAGAAAAAGUGAAAGGUGCUGGGCAGGUGGUCGACACCUUCAGAAGGGCAGCCGCGACCUUCCUUAUUUCCGAAGCUCAUAUCACCACAACGAAACCUUUGGAAGUAAGGCCGUCCUGCGGAUUCGGUGGUGCUUCGCACACCCCAAGCAGCGUCGAUAUUCCGUACUGUCUCCGCUCCAGAUCUGCCCAGCAUGAACUCAGAGAAGAAGAUUCGGAGAAAAUUGAUGUUGGGAUACAUGGAAACCAUCAGCAUCCUACACCGCCAUCGCAAGCGGAAACAGAAAAUCGCCUUGGUUUCUUUGAGGAAAAAAUUGGAUCGUCUUGUCCAAUUCAGGAGUUCAAUGGAGUCUGUCGGAUCAAACCUGAAGGCUGCCAUCUGGCCGAAAAUAAAAGUGAGACGUCAAGUUUCGUUCGGUAUAGCGACGGAUGGAUUGAUUGUGAGUCUGUGCAAGCUCUUGUUGAAGAUCGAGUUUGGACAGUUGUGCUCAAGGAUGAGACUCAGCCAACGUGGAGGCGCUAA